AUGAUUGAUGGGGUUCCUGUUAGAUCCGAGCAGCUGGUGAAGUGCUGUCGUCUAUAUUUCGUUUUUCGCUUUCGCGGAAUGCGCGUCCGUGAUGAUGAUAACCUCAAGGUGCUCGCUCUUUUCGCGAAAUGUACGGAAUGUCGGUGUACCGGAUUUCGCCCUAUCCUCGAUGACGGACAGGGCGAAGAUGAUGGGGGAUUAUUCUUAGUAGACUUUAAACUUGCGCGGACCGUAGACGGUGACGCUUUGUGCAGAGGUUGCAAUCACGCUAUCGACUCACACGCUGCACAUCCAGUCAAACCAGGGAAAGCAGAACAGGAGAAGUUGAUUCAGUUGGCCAAUGAUACUCACGGUUUGCAUAAUAAAAUGUCAACAACGGAGGAUACGGACGAGUUACACAUAGUCUACCAAAUUUUUCAAUUAUUCUUGAGCGCACUGAAGAAGUGGAGCACCGAUAUAGAUGUUCCUUUUGGAUCUCCAAAUUUUGAACCUAUUUCGGUGUACAACAUUGUCGCAUACUUCGCCGCUUCUUGGGAGGAAACAAAUGAUAGGAAAGAUGUUCAACGCAACAUAGACCUGGCCGCUAAGCUGUUAACUGUAAUGAACACUUGGAAAAUUCCACCACCCACAACAUACCAUGAAGCUGUGCCGAAGAUUGAUCGUGUGCAAUACCGCCUUUUCUAUUCACGGUGGAUGUAUUACGUGAUAUUGCCACAACAUUUCAAAGCUCUGCAACAAUACGAAGCAGUUGAAAUAUUCGGUCAAAAGGGUCUACUCAUGUUCUUGAGAUUCGCUUUGAAUCAACCAGAUAAGUUUGCUUCCGAUCUUGUCCCUUUCAUGACAGCACUCCUGAACUUCGUUGAAAAUCCACCGAAGACCAACAUGAAGUUUAAAACGGCUUUGCCAGACGGAGUAGAUCCGCCAAAAUUCGCUCGCCAUGGAGGAGGUGGAAUUUCUGUUGACGGACGUCCGGAUUUUCGUGAAGAGGAGAGAACUCAGAGAAAGAGAUCGAAGUCUGAAUCUGUCGUAUCUUCGGAUGUGUUCAUAAAAACCAUUGUGAAGCUCGUCAAUGAUUCCAAAGAUUGUUCUGAAGAUGCAAGUGACCCUACAGAUGCAAUAAAUCUCGAUGUAUGUCGCGGUGAAGCGGCCCGGCUCGAAGAGAAAAAAGGAAUUAUAGAGUUUAAAGUUAUUGGGAAUUCACUUGAGCCGUUCCAAAGUCGUGAAACUAUGGUGUCCUUGUUGCAACUGCAAAGCUUAUUCUCAGUUCAACUUCCAAAAAUGCCGAAGGAGUAUAUAACUCGUUUAGUCUUUGAUGACAGACACAGAAACAUGGUUUUACUGAAGAAAGGGAAAGGUGUAAUUGGUGGCAUUUGUUUCCGACCUUUUCCAAAUCAAGGGUUCAUCGAGAUCGUAUUCUGUGCAAUCACAGCCAACGAGCAGGUGAAGGGUUAUGGAACGCAUUUAAUGAAUCAUCUAAAAGAUUAUCAAGUGCAGUGUGGAAACUAUCAUCUACUGACGUUCGCUGAUGAAUUUGCUAUCGGGUAUUUUAGCAAGCAAGGAUUUUCUGCUAAUGUGGAAAUGCCAAAGAAGCUUUAUCAUGGCUAUAUAAAAGAGUAUGAAGGAGCUACUUUGAUGGGCUGUCAACUUCAUCCUCAAAUGCGUUACACUGAAUUCUCGUCAUAUAUGAAAUCUGUGCGUGAUAUACAUCAAGCGAUGGGUGAGGUGAAGUAUCCAAACAAGACAAGGAAGUAUGGUGGGAUAGAGCAUAUCUUCCGGCAACAUGGUGGUCAAGGGCUUCGGUUCAAGGAUAUCCCUGGGCUAGAAAACUACAAUGAUGAUGAAAGAAAAGAGAAAGAUAGUGACCUAGAAAGCAAAAUGAAAUUGAUCUUGAAGAAGCUCAACGGUGACAAGUGGGGUUGGCCUUUUGUAGUACCAGUGGAUGGAGAAAUGGUUCCUGAAUACUACGAAUAUAUCGAGUACCCUAUUGACUUACGGACAAUGUCAGAACGGGUGAAGUCCAAGUACUAUGUUCAUCAACAUUUAUUUAUUGCUGACCUUUGUCGGAUGUUUGCGAAUUGCUACAGUUUCAAUGGUGUGGACACGGAGUAUUAUAGAUGCGGUUAUCGGUUGAAUAAACUCGCAUAUGAACUCGUUUCCAAGCAUUUCCCUGAUUCUCCUCUUCGACCGGAAUUACCUGAAGUGAAGCCUUCCCUUGAUGAGUAG